UGGAAACAUGGCGGCGCGCAGCAGCCUGACGGCUCUGUUUCCUAUUCAGAGUCAGUUGGACAACGCCUUGGAAGACGCAAACGCACAAGAAGAGAAGGAAGAUCUGGUAUAUCAGUAUAUACGAAAGUUGGACGAAAAUGAAGAUUUGAAGGUUCCUGAUUUUGAACAAGGGCUGGAGUGGCUUAACACUGAGGGACCUCUGUCUCUGCAAAAGGAAUUAUCAGGCAAAGUGGUGGUGCUGGAUUUCUUCACCUACUGCUGCAUCAACUGCAUGCACAUACUGCCUGAUCUGCACCAACUGGAGCAGCUUUACACUGUUAAAGAUGGCCUGGUUGUGGUAGGUGUUCACUCUGCUAAGUUUCCCAACGAGAAGGUUUUGCAGAACAUUUGCAGUGCCGUGUUAAGGUACGGCAUCACACACCCAGUGGUGAACGACAGCGAUGCUCGGCUGUGGCAUGAGUUGGAAGUGUCCUGCUGGCCUACCCUGGUGAUUCUGGGGCCCAGGGGAAACCUGUUGUUCUCUCUGGUGGGUGAAGGACACCGAGACCGCCUCUUCCUGUUCACCGCUGGUGCUCUCAAGUACUAUGGACAGAAGGGUUUGCUCAAAGACCAUGCUGUGGAAAGGAAGCUCUUCAAGGACUCCUUACCAUCUUCCAUCCUGUCGUUCCCAGGAAAAGUGGCAGUGGAUCCCAAAAGCAAGAACGUGGCCAUUGCAGAUACAGGACACCACAGGGUUCUAGUGGUAUCCAGUACUGGACAAGUCCUAUACUGUGUAGGGGGGCCUGAAAGCGGAAAGCAGGAUGGGGAUCUGUCUGAGGCACAGUUCAAUUCUCCUCAAGGAAUAUUAAUGAAAGGAGACACUGUGUAUGUGGCUGACACUGAGAAUCACCUCAUCAGGAAGAUUGACCUCUCAGAAAGAAGAGUUACAACUUUAGCCGGCAUCGGCGUGCAAGGCACAGAUAAAGUGGGAGGAGCAAUGGGACUCCAGCAGCCAAUCAGCUCCCCCUGGGACAUAGUCCUUGGCACAGCAGGUGGUACAAAGGAUAACGUGUUGUGGAUCGCAAUGGCAGGGACACAUCAAAUCUGGGCUCUGUUCCUAGAGGAUGGGAAGCUGCCCAAAGGAAGUGAAUAUAAAAAGGGCGAGUGUGUGCGCUUUGCAGGCAGUGGGAAUGAGGAGAACAGGAAUAACGCGUACCCUCAUAAAGCUGGCCUGGCUCAGCCGUCAGGUCUGACCUGUGCUCCUGAAGAGCCAUGGAACUGCCUGUUCAUCGCCGACAGCGAGAGCAGCACCAUCCGCAGUCUUUCUCUGAGCGACGGAGCUGUCAAACAUGUAGUCGGAGGGGAGAGGGACCCCCUGAAUCUCUUUGCGUUUGGAGAUGUGGAUGGAAAGGGGGUGGAUGCUAAGCUCCAGCACCCUUUAGGAGUGGCCUGGGAUGCCAGUAACAGCCUGCUCUAUGUGGCAGACUCCUACAACCACAAGAUCAAAGUUGUGAACCCUAAAACUAAGCAGUGCAGGGUGCUGGCAGGCACUGGGGAAGCAAAUGACACAUUUGGCCCGAGCUUCGCAGAGGCUAGUUUCAAUGAGCCUGGGGGUCUGUGUGUGGCCGAGGGGGGCACACUGCUCUACAUAGCAGACACCAACAACCAUCGCAUCAAAGUGCUGGACUUAAAGACCGAAACGGUGUCCAUGUUCCCCAUUUCAGUGGUAGAAGUUGAUUCGUCCUUUGCAACCACUGCUGCCGUUGUAAAGGCUCCCAAGCUCCCGAAGUCAGCUCCAGUGCUCAGCAUGACUACACUGCCUGUGUCAGCAGGGCAGGUUAUUGAUAUCCACCUCAGCCUGACUCUACCUGGUGGAACCAAACUGACCAAGGAUGCCCCCAGCUUCUGGAGUCUCUCUGCUGAAGGUAAUGACUGGUUACUGCAAGGACACGCUGUGACAGGAAGCAUUGCUGAUCUCUCCCAGCCUCUCUCCAUCACCUGUGCGAUCCCUCUUCAGCCACAGACUCCUGAUCUCACACUGACCCUCAAUGCCUGGGUCUACUGUUGCCUGUCAGAGGAAGGAGCCUGCAUGAUGAAGGCUGUUUCAUUCAUACAGCCUUUGCACAUUGACUCCACUCAGAAAGAAGGCACUGUAGCUGUGACGUUAGCACACGUUUUCUGAAUCUCUCUCUCUCUCAUGAACAUUGGCACCACUUGUAGUGAACAAAUACUGUUACACAUGCAAAUGCUUACAUAAAAGCUUACAUGUUUACACCCAGCUUACAUGAAUACUGUAAUAAAUUAACAAUGCUGGUGCUUGUCCCCCUGAAACAUAUGACUACAGUAACAGUUACAAAGGUUAUAUAAUUAGUAGCUCCAGAACAAAGUGCCUUCUCUCUCUCUCUCUCUCUCUCUCUCUCAGAAGCGCAUAUUCUCUAACUGCUUUGGUCCUCAAGGCCGUAGGCAGUCAAAUCUGUUGUUCUCCACAUAUCUGAUGUGGCUUAUCUUUUCAGCAGGAAAAACAAUUUCUACCAGCAUUUAUUUUUCAGAAAAUGAUUGCAUGUCUAAAACAGACAAAUCUGAAAAGAUCACCAAGCUGUUUGGAGCAUGCCCCUGUGUUCCCAGUAGUACAGUUUUUGCAAGUUUAUUUUAUAUAAACGUCACCUAUUUAACCCAAUGUACUGAUGAUAUAAAAAUGCCAGUACAUGCUGAUCCUUUUUUUUUUUUUUUUAAAUCAGAGUCCACUUAAAUGUAGUUUUGAACUCAACAUUAUUAGUCAUCUUCAUUUGUAAUUAGAACCAUUUAAACAGUCAUAAACUGGAAAUUAAGCUGCCUUUUAGUGUUUUUUUUUCUUUUUCUUUUUUAAACCCAGUACAAGGCAUAAGUGCAUUUGUGACUAGAUAGAACUCGACACCAACAGCAUCGAUGGGGAUGCCUCUGCUUGGUAGACUACACGCCUUAAGUUGUGAUUUGGGGGUGGACAUUUGACCUCCCAGUAAUCUUGACCUGUGACCUUUUAACCUCAAAAUCUAAUCAGUUCAUGUUUGUCCCAAAGCGCACAAAUGGUGAAAGUUUGGUGAAAUUCCUUUCAUUAGCCUUUGAGAUAUCAUGUUCACAAGGUUUCGGGACGGACAACCCGAAAACAUAAUGCCUCCUGCACCUUAAGGUGGCGGAGGCAUCAAAAAAAAAGGCACCACAGUAUAAAAUGUGUGAAAUAUAAGGUAUAAACGUGUAUUUAAAUUUGCGUAAACUAAGUAAGUUAAUAAAAUAAACGGCAUUAAGUUUCACAUGAAUGUUGAUAGUUCACGAUUUAAUCCAUGCAUCAUGUUUUUUUGAGUGUGUGUAUAUGGCUUUUAAUCCAGAUUCAAGUUUGGUUUCCUCAUGGCAAUAGAAAAACAAGUCAGUGUGACUAACUGGACCUUUGCAUCACUUGAAUUUAGUUUGUUUUCUCAUUCUCCUUCAAAGGCAGCUGUUUUUCCACACGGCAUCUAAAUUCUGCACUUUAACUCACUGAAAGAAGUAAUAUAAUAAACGUUAUUUUACCAGUU